CCGAGUUUACAUCAGAAGCAACCCGUAUUCAAAUAGUGGCAUAGACGAAGUGGUGGUUCAGCCGUGCGAACCGCCGUCAAACUUCAAUUGAAAACGAAGAAGAAAAAGAGAGGAGAAAGGGAAUGAAGCUCGACGUAGAUGUCUUGAGAUAUCUCUCCAAAGAUGAUUUUAGGGUUCUCACUGCUGUUGAAUUGGGCAUGAGGAAUCAUGAAAUUGUACCCACUGAACUCAUCGACCGAAUUGCUCGUCUUAAGCAUGGGGGCACCUACAAGGUUUUGAAAAAUUUACUCAAGUACAAGUUGUUGCAUCAUGACUCUUCUAAAUAUGAUGGAUUCCGCCUUACCUACCUUGGUUAUGAUUUUCUUGCCAUUAAAACCAUGGUGAACAAAGGAGUGUUUGUGGCUGUUGGUCGCCAAAUUGGCGUUGGAAAGGAAUCUGAUAUAUUUGAGGUGGCCCGUGAAGAUGGAACAGUUCUAGCCAUGAAGUUGCAUAGGCUUGGUAGAGUCUCUUUUAGAGCUGUCAAGUCUAAGCGUGACUAUUUAAGACAUCGUAGUAGUUAUAAUUGGCUCUAUUUGUCUCGCCUUGCUGCACUUAAAGAAUUUGCUUUCAUGAAGGCUUUGGAAACACAUGGCUUUCCUGUUCCAAAUGCAGUAGAACAAAAUAGACAUUGUGUGGUCAUGUCACUUGUCCAAGGUUACCCUCUUGUUCAGGUAAAGCAGUUACAGAAUCCAGAGACAGUUUUUGAGACAAUUAUUGGUCUAGUUGUUCGGCUGGCAGAGCAUGGUCUCAUUCAUUGUGAUUUCAAUGAAUUUAACAUCAUGAUUGAUGAUGAUGAAAAAAUUACAAUGAUUGAUUUUCCACAAAUGGUAUCUGUGUCACACCGUAAUGCACAGAUGUACUUUAACCGUGAUGUUGAAUGCAUCUUUAAGUUUUUUAGGAAGAGGUUCAAUCUUUCUUUUCAAGAAAGCACAGAUGAUAUUGAUGGUUCUGAUGAAGGGAGAGAUGAAGCUGGAAAGCCCUGUUUUUCUGCAAUAGAGAGAAGUGCUGGUUUUCUAGAUAGGGAACUUGCUGCCAGUGGCUUUACUAGAAAGGAUGAAGAAGAUAUUCAGAGGUUCAUUGAAGGCGGGGCAGAGAGUGAUACAAAUUCAGAUAGUGAAGGGGUUGACCUAGUAGAAGAUCUGAACGAAGCAGACACUUUAGAUGAUGGUUCUUCACAUUUAUUGGAACAGGACGAGGGACAUGAAAGUCAGGGAAAAGAGGAGAGCUCUGAAGCAUGUGAAAGCAGGAGAUCUGAAAAGGACGAUGCAAGUGACGAGGAGGAAAACAAUCAAAAUGCUACGGAAAAUGAAGCUGAACUCGUUAAGAGCCUGAACAAGCAAAGACGACAUGCCAUUGCAGCAGCUCAUAGGGGACGAAAGACUCUUGCGUCCAGGAAUUCCUACAAAGACAAGGGUGGUAGGUCAUCUCACAACUCAAAAAUCCAGAAACAGUUGAGCAGCUGGUGAGAUAUGGGAGACAAAACCCAUGUGAUUGAGCUCAUGAAGUGAACUGAAAAAGACUUGAUAUAGUUUAGACGGUAGGCCAUCUUAAGUGGCCUUUAUUAUUUGUUCACAUACGGUUCAAAUAUAUUAUGUAAAAUUUGGAGAUAGGAAAACAAAUAGGAUAUUGCUGGGUCCCCCACAUCCCCGUGAAGAGGAUAAUCAUAUUCUUUUUGCGUGUUAUAUUUAUUUUGAAUGAAAAUUUUGCUUCUAUAUUG